AUGUCAGACACCUUCCAGGAACUCGCCGAUAUCCCUAAGGAUUUCGUCAAAGAUGGCAUGCUCUUCAUGAACCGAUGUACAAAGCCCGACAAGCGUGAAUUCCUCAAGAUCAGCCAGGCAGUUGGCUUCGGUUUCUUGAUCAUGGGAGCUAUAGGUUACUUCAUCAAACUGAUCAACAAUAUUCUCGUCGGAGGUGCAUGA